UAAUCGCCUAAAGGUCACAAGGUACAAGCCUCAGCUUUAAAAGCCUUCGCCGUUCCUCCUAUUCUUGGUCUCCACCGUCUGUUUCUCUCUCUGUCCCCCUCCGGCCACCGUAAAAAACCGCCUUCUUCUCCUCCUACUCGCAAGUGCCAAGCGCAUGGCCAGCAAGCCAAUCUCUGAAUCUUCGAAGAAGAAGAGGAUCAAGAGGAAACGAACACUAAACCAGGACGCCGAGCUCGAACAGCUUGACUCUCUUCCAUGGAACCCUUCUCUCUCCGGCGAAGACCCUUUCUCUCUCUUCAUUGGCUCCAAUGAGCUCGAAGGAGGUUUUCUUUCGCUUGAAGAGAUUGACGAAGUCGAUUAUGGUUUAGAAUUUCCUAAACCUGAAAUAGAAAGCGGGAAGAAAAAGUCUGAGCCAAGCAAGAAAUCGAAGAAAAGGAAGAGCAGUGAUGUUGAUGGCAAUGGUAAUGAUGGGAUUGAGGCUAAAGCCGAAGAGAAAUUGGAAGAGAAUGAAAAUGUCAAGUCUGAAAAGAAAAAGAAGAGGAAGAAGAAAAAGAAAGUGAAGGAAGUGAAGAAAAUUGAGGAUGUUGAAGGCAGUGAUGGUGAGGAGAUUGAGGCUGAAGUUGAGAAAGAGAAAGAUGGGAAUUUGAAUAUUGAACAGAAACGUAAGAAAGGAAAGAAAAAGAAGGUGAAGGAAUCUCAGAAAAAGGAAGAACCCCCAGCUGUUAGCAAUAGCAAAGAUGAUGUUGAAGAAGAGGCUGUUGAUGAAACUGAAUAUUAUGCAUGGAACGAGUUGAGACUCCAUCCUCUUAUUAUGAAAUCCAUAUACAGGCUUGGUUUUAAGGAACCAACACCAAUUCAAAAAGCUUGUGUUCCUGCUGCUGCUCAUCAAGGGAAGGAUGUUAUUGGUGCGGCAGAGACAGGGUCUGGCAAAACACUGGCUUUUGGUUUGCCCAUUUUCCAGCGCCUCAUCGAAGAACAUGAAAAGGCUGCAAGGAUGCUUGAAGAAAAAGGUGAGGAAGCAGAAAAGUUCGCUCCAAAAGGCCUUUUACGGGCUCUCAUUAUUACUCCUACAAGGGAACUUGCACUUCAGGUCACUGAUCAUCUCAAGGCGGUCGCGAAGGGUAUGAAUGUUAGAGUAAUUCCAAUUGUUGGAGGGAUGUCAACAGAAAAGCAGGAGAGACUUCUAAAAUCUAGGCCUGAGAUUAUUGUUGGAACUCCAGGUAGAUUAUGGGAACUUAUGUCUGGGGGAGACAAGCAUCUAGUUGAGUUACAUUCGUUGUCUUUCUUUGUGCUGGAUGAAGCAGAUCGAAUGAUAGAAAAUGGACAUUUCCGUGAAUUGCAGUCAAUAGUUGACAUGCUUCCUGUGCACAUCAAUGGUUCAAUUCAAGGGCAUUCUCAGAACGCAGAAAAUUGCAAUACAGUUUCAAGUGUCCAGAGAAAGAAAAGACAAACAUUUGUUUUUUCUGCUACUAUAGCACUCUCUGCUGAUUUCCGUAAGAAGCUGAAGCGUGGUGCACUAAAACUGAAGAAAUCCUUGUCUGAUGGGUUGAAUUCUAUAGAGACUCUCUCUGAACGAGCAGGGAUGAGAGACAAUGUUGCCAUCAUUGAUUUGACGAAUGCAUCCAUUUUGGCAAAUAAGCUUGAGGAAUCAUUUAUUGAAUGCAAUGAGGAAGAUAAAGAUGCUUAUUUGUAUUAUAUUUUGAGUGUUCAUGGACAAGGCCGCACAAUAGUCUUCUGUACAUCAGUUGCAGCAUUGCGGCAUAUAUCUUCUGUCUUGCGCAUUCUUGCCGUCAAUGUCUGGACACUUCAUGCCCAGAUGCAGCAGCGAGCUCGAUUGAAGGCAAUUGAUCGUUUUCGGGGAAAUGAACAUGGUAUACUUGUUGCAACUGAUGUUGCAGCUAGAGGUCUUGAUAUUCCUGGUGUAAGAACUGUUGUUCACUAUCAGCUUCCACAUUCAGCAGAAGUUUAUGUUCAUAGAAGUGGUAGAACUGCAAGAGCUUCUGCUGAUGGGUGCAGCAUUGCACUUAUCUCACCAAAUGAAACUACGAAAUUUGCUUCUUUAUGCAAAUCAUUUUCUAAGGAAAGUUUUCAGAGGUUUCCUUUGGACAGUUCUUAUAUGCCAGCAGUUAUGAAACGUUUAUCACUUGCACGACAAAUAGACAAGAUUUCACGAAAGGACUCCAAGGAAAAUGCACAGAAAAGCUGGUUUGAACGAAAUGCAGAAUCUGUUGAGUUGCUUAUGGAUGAUGAUGAGAGUGAUGAGGAAAAAGUGAAGAACCAUAAGCAAAAAAAAGUCAUCUCUGCAAAUUUAAAAAAGCUGCAGCAGGAGCUUAAAACUCUGCUUUCACAUCCGCUACAACCCCAAACUUUUUCACGUCGUUACCUAGCAGGGGCUGGUGUUUCCCCUCUCGUGCAACAUCAGUUUGAAGAAUUAGCUAAACAAAAGCUAGGUGAUACAAUAAAUUCAGGAGAAAACAAAAGAAGAAAGUUGGUUGUUAUAGGUCAGGAUUGUGUAGAGCCACUCCAAGCGCUUCGAAGUGCUGGGCAACAGGUGCACAUGGAUGUUAAAGAGAUGGCAGAAAAGCGAAGAAAUAUGGUGAAACUGAAGAAAAAAAGAAAAGCCGAGAAGAAACGUCUAAAAGACCAGAGGAGAAAGCAGAGGAGAAAGCUAAAAGGGGCAGAAUAAGAAGUUGUAAGUAAAAUAUACAGCCACAAAACUUAGUAGCUCUGAGCUAGUUGAAGCCAUUUAUUUAUUAAGAUUUACUGUUAAAAAUGUAAUCCAUUUUUGACUCUAAAUUUUGAAAGCUUGAUUCUUCAUUUUGUGUUAUUAUAGGAUAUAUUGAAAACUGAUUUCCAAUUUUCCAUCA